AUGGCGACGGGGGCACAGCCACCAAUUGCGUUGCCUGCGGGAAUAGAACCCUUUCUUUAUAUCAUUCCAUCCAUCGUCAGUGACACUUUAUGUCGUCCUUUGCCCCGCCCCCCGGGCCUCCCCCCACCCUCCGUCCCGGACGGUUGGAAAGCACAAUACGACGAUCGCUACAAGGCCUGGUUCUUCGUGGACCUCGCAACCGGAAAAUCCCAAUGGGAUAACCCACAAUCAGCCUCCGCCCCUCCAGGCCCUCCCCCGCCCGCCUCCUCAGAGCUCCCACCAUACGAACACAGCGGUCCCGGCGACCCAUCCGCCCUAGCAAGCGCCAGCGCAGGAGAAAAGAAAAGCGCCAUGUCCUCAAAUAACCCCUACAACCCCGCAAACGGGCCCUCGGGACCCCACGGCAGUUCCAACAUGGAUGAAGACGCUAGACUAGCUGCCAAGCUCCAAGCCGAGGAAGAUGCCCGCGCGGGGACCCGAGACGUCGGAGGGCCCGGUUCUUCUCAAACACUCCCCCCCUACGCUGGCGGAUCGCAAAGUCAAAGUCCGAUGCCGGAGCAGAAGCGCAGCAAGGGUGGGUUUUUGAGUAAAUUGAUGGGCAAGGCUUCUGGUAGCUCGGGCUCAAGUUCAUCACGACCAUACCAGCAACAGCAGCAAUAUUAUCCGCAGCAGCAGGGUGGAUAUGGCGGUGGCGGUGGCGGUGGUUAUGGUGGUGGUUAUCCCCAGCAAGGCCCGCCUAUGGGAUACGGCGGAUACCCCCAGCAGGGAGGAUAUGGGGGAUACCCGCAGCAGGGAUAUGGUGGUGGAUAUCCCCCGCAGCAGGGCUACUAUCAGCAGCAGCCACAGCGGAGAACGGGUGGUGGUGGAAUGGGGACGGCUGGUGCGGCGGCCCUUGGUGUUGGUGGUGGGUUGUUGGGUGGAAUGUUGAUUGCGGAUGCAAUUGAUGAUCAUGAGGAUCAUGACAAUUAUGAUAAUGGUGGUGGUGGUGGCUACGAUGAUGGCGGUGGUGGUGAUUUCGAUGGUGGUGGUGAUUUCUAG